GAGCUUCUCGUGAGUUGCGCUGGUGGGAUGCAUGCUGCAGUAGAGAGAGCGGCCGCCCUCGCGCCCGACUGCGUCCCGGGCCCCAUGCGAUCGGCAGCGCUGACGCAAGACUGCAGCGCGAGAAGCUGCUGCCUCGUCUGACCGUCGCCGAGAGGCUCGAAGUGCCGCUUUUGCGGCGGGUCGGGCUCGUCGAGGACGAGACGGCAUUCCAGCGCAAGGGCGUGCGGAUGAACACGGCGAACCUCUACAAGCAGCAGAAGUUCAACUUGCUGCGCGAGGAGAACGAGGGCUACGCCGGCCUGCUCAACGAGCUGAUUGGCGGCAUGGGCCCGGCCGUUGUGGCGAUUCGCGAGGAAGUGACGCCGCUGGCACCCGGCGAGACUGCGGCAGAGACGAGCUGCGCGCCGCUGCCCCGACCAGUCGACGGGCGCGCGCCUUUCCGGCCAGACCGGACGCCCGUGCGCGUCGUCGAGCAGGAGAGCAGCGAGGCGCGCAAUGCGCGCGCACGCAAGACGAUGGGCAACAUCUCUGCCCUCAUCGGCUACUUCGACCUCGACCCGAACCGCGUGCUCGACAUCACGCUCGACGUGUUCAGCAGCAACAUCACGCAGCACUGGCCGUUCUUCGUCGCACUGUUCGCCGCGUCGCCCUGGGGCCCGGACAAGCGCAAGGAGCCGGCAGCGGCUCUGGGAGCCAAUGGCGAUGUGGCGAUGGACGUGGACGAGGCGCCGGCACCACGGCUGGGCCCGGUCACGCUUGACUUCCGCGGCGAGCCAGGCAACCACACCGUCGCGCAGGUGCUGGGCUUCAAGUUUGGCUACUAUCAGCAGCCUGAUAACAAGGAGGAGACGCCGGAGGAGCUCUACGUCAUGGCCGCGCUGCUGAUCCGCGAGGGCUACGUGCGCUUCUCUGACCUCUUCACGCACCUCUCGCCCGACGACGCCGGCAUGGCCAAGCUGCAGGCUGCGUACCGCGACUCGCUGGGCACGCCGGCCGCGACGGUCAUGAAGAUGAACGCGCUGACGAUGGCCGCGCCGCUCGUCGACGAGUACACGCGCCGCUCGGACGCCGCUGCGGCCGCGACGGAUGCAGCGAACAAGAAGAAGGAGGAGGCCGAGCGCGAGCCGCCGAAUCAGAUCACCGGGCUGCUCAAGGCGCUUCUGGCGACUGGACAGCUCAAGCACGGCAUCUACAUUCUCAGCCAGCACCCAUGGCUGUGCGGCUCCGAGCCCGGCGUGGCAGAGCGCUACGCGCGCCUGCUUGGCGUCGUGCUUGAGCCGGCCGUGGAGAGCAUCUCGCUUGGCUCCCUCUACCUCGACGACGUCGAGCCUGCAGGUGCUGAGCUGCGCGAGACGCGCGGCCGCCAGUCGGGCCCGCCGAAGCUGGUCCUGACGUGCAACGCUCCCGAGGCGACGCCUACAGCCUCUUCGCGCGAGGUCUUCUUCUACCCCGCCUGGCGCGAGGACCUGCCGGGCGUGUCGUGCGACUCGCUCCUGGCCGAGUUCGUGCCGCUGCUGCGCCUGCUCGGGCCGCAUCUGUCCAAGGAUCUCGAGCUGUUCCGCCGUCUCUGCCGCCUCGUCAAGCUGCAGGUGCGCCGGGUCUUGGCUACCGAGGACGAGGAUGAGCAGCCCGAGCUGCUUCGGCCCUGGCUCGAGGUCUUCCGCGCCAACAUCCUGCCUGCGCUGAGCUGUACGCAGCACGAUGUGACGCUCGCCGACGAGGUGUGGAGCAUCAUCAACCGCCUGCCGUACGCGCAGCGCUACGCGCUGUACGGCGAGUGGAAGUACGUGCUGUAUCUGCAGCCGGAGCUCAAGGUACGCAAGAUCGCCACCGAGCGCGAGGCGAAGGGCAUUCUCAAGCGCAUCAACACCGAGAUGAAGUCGGCGGCGGCGCGGGACGCGCAGCGGCAGCUCGCCAACUCGGCGCACGCCAACCCGUGCAUCUUCUUCACCGAGGCGCUCUCGCAGGUGCAAGCGUACGACAACUUCAUCGCGCCCAUCGUCGAGUCGGCCAAGUUCCUCAGCGACCUGAGCUACGACGUCUUCACGUGGGUGCUGCUCGAUGCGCUGAGCAACCCGGCCAAGGAGCGCACAAAGCAGGACGGCACGAACAUCAGCCUCUGGCUGAAGGCGCUCUCGGCGUUCUCCGGCAACGUCUACCGGCGCUACAAGAAGAUGGACGUCGGCCCGGUGCUGCAGUACAUCGCCAACCAGCUGAAGCAGAACAACUCGAAGGACCUCGUGCUGCUGCGCGAGCUCGUGCUCAAGAUGGCCGGCAUCGAGCCGCUGGCGAAUCUCGGCGACAAGCAGGUCGCGGCGCUGACGGGCGGCCGCCUGCUGCGGCGCGAGGCGAUGAUCGUUGCCAACGCCGGCAUCGGCACCGAGGCGCGCGAAGACUUCCACGACGACGGCGCGCGCUUGCUGCAGUGCCUCGAGCGCAGCCGCAUGGCAGUGCCCAUCCUCGUGCUCGUGGCGCAGCAGCGGCAGGCGUGCAUCUACCUCACGCCGGAGAGCGAGGCGACGCUCAAGUACAUGGCGAACCUCUUCGACUCGUGCCAGGAGACGCUCUUUCAGUACGUCGAGUUCCUGCACAACCAGCUGCAGCCGGCUGCGUACUCGAAGCUCGUGCCGACGCUCGACGACCUGUGCAUGCGCUUCGGCAUCGAGCCCUCGAUCGGCUUCCACAUCGUGCGGCCGCGCCUGCAGUACGCAGUCCGUGCGGCAGACGCAGAGGAGAACGAGCAGCGCCUCAAGGCGGAGGCCAAGGCCAAAGCGGAGGCCAAGGCAGAGGCCAAGGCAGCAAAGGCAGACGCACGUGCAGCCAAGAAGGCGGCAAAGGCGUCCGCUGCGGCCGACGGCGAUGCUGCCGAGCCGGACGCCAGCCAGCCUGCGGAGGUCUCUGCAUCUACGGCAGACGAGCCUGCAGCAGAUGCAUCGGCCGCGCAGGAAGAGUCCGCCGACAAGCCUGUCGAUGAUGCAGCUCCUACAGCGGACGUCGCGAUGGACGUCGACCCGAAGCCAGAGAGCAACGGGGCCGCGGCGGCAGAGUCCAGCGCAGAAGCGCCCGCAAAGCAAGUGUGGCGCACGGGCAUGAAGGAGGCGAUUGAGGUCGCGGAAAGGCUCCUGCCGGAUGCGGUCCAGCAGCUGCUUGGACCCCACUUCUACGCGACCUUCUGGCAGCUUGCGCUCUCUGACAUCACUGUGCCCGUGGACCGCUACGACUCCGAGACGAAGGCAUUGACAGCGCUCGUGCGCCAAGAGACGGAGCGCCGCGGCGCGCCGUCGCGCGCUGGCGAGCAGGCACGAGAAGCACUUGCGGGCCUCAAGACCGAGUUCAAGGCGCAGACGCUGUCGCACUCGGCCACGCAGCGCCGCCUGGCGAUCGAGAAGGACCACUGGUUUCCCAACGCGGCCAGUUCGACGGACCGCGCCCAGAUUGUUUAUCAGCUGCUACAAUACUGCAUCAUUCCUCGCGCUCUGCUCUCGCCCACCGACGCCAUCUUUGCCGGCCGCUUUAUUCGCACCAUGCACGCCAAUGGCGCCCGAAACUUCUCCAGUCUCACGGCAUACGACAAGAUCUUCGUCGACCACGUCGCCUCCGUCAUCUUUUCGUGCACAGAAAAUGAGGCGCGCAACUAUGCGCGUUUCCUCCAGCAGGUUCUCAGCGAUCUCUCUGCCUGGCACGCCGACCAGGCUCUGUACAACAAGGAGGCCAUCGGCGAGCAUCUGCCUGGCUUCCAGAUGCGAUGGGGCGCCCGCCACGGCGGCGAGCCCAUCCCGCAGGCGGACUUCUGCCCUUUUGAGUCGUUCCGCCAAGUGCACAGCAAGUGGCACACCGUACUCAAGACGGCAUUCAAGGAGUGCCUGGGCUCCGGCGAGUACAUGCGCAUCCGCAACGCCAUCGUCGUGAUGACGCGCAUCGCGCAGCUGUUCCCGCUGCUUGACCAGCACGGCGAGGAGCUCAUGGCUGCUGUGCACAAGCUGUCCGAGACGGAGCCGCGUGACGAUCUGAAAGUGCUGGCUCUCGGCCUGCACGCGACUCUCAAGAAGCGGCAGAAGCAGUGGCUGCCGCCGCACAAGUUCCGCAAGAUCGUCAACCCACCGGCGGCCGCGCCGGCGCCCGCGGCUCCCGCCACGCCGACGCCGGCUGCCAAGGCUUCUGCACCGGCAGCAGCGAUCCCGACGGGUCCGAAGGCCAGCAGCAUUGCUGCUGCAGGGCCGCCGAGCGGACCAGCUGCAGAGCGUGCGCGUCUCGCGCCCGGCUUGUCAAAGCCAGCCACGCCAGCACAGUCGCCGCCACACAGACCGCAGCCUGCCGCGUCCGCCAAUGGCGCUGACACAAGGCUGCCGGCAAAACCAUCACAAGCUGGAAAGCCCAACGGUGCGCCUCCAUCCGGGUCCGCUGCUGCUCGCAACGGGAGCGCGGCCACAGCUUCCGACAACGCUCGGCCUGCGCCAGCGCUAGCGGCAUCGGACGUGCGGGAGAAGGCCCGCGAAGCGCCUGCGCCUGCCGAUCGCGAGGCGCCCAGCGUCAGCGCGGCGCGACAGGCGGUGCUCGACAGCAUGAACCCGCCCAAGCGGCCUGCCAACACACCCAGCGCCCAGGCCGCUCGAGAGCGCGGCGGCGCGCGCAGCGGAAACGUUACGCCAGCGCACUCUCGGGACGAGGAGGUCGCGUCCGCCCGUGCUGCGCCUCAGGCGGCGGCCCCCGCCGAUGCACCUUCUGAGCGCCGCCAAGCUUCGUCUCGCGAGGUGUCGCCGCGCCGCAGCCGCGCGCCCAGCGCAGAUUCGUCUCACUCGCGGUCGCAAAGUGGCCGCGACCGUGGCGAGCGAAGCGACCGCAGCGACCGCGACCGCAGCGACCGUGACCGCAGUGAUCGCGAGCGCGAGCGCGAGCGGGACCGGGAUCGCGACCGCGACCGCCGCGAACGCGAGCGUCCGCCACGGUCUGCCGAGCCCGAGCGCGAGGCGGCGCCGCGCAACAUGUACGCCAACAUGCGCGAUCGCAGCGAGCGUCGGGGUGCAGACGAGCCUUCGCCGCGCCCUGACCGCAGCGACCGAGGCGAGCGUGCCGACUCGCGAAGGUCCGAUCGCUAUGACCCGCGCGCGGAGCGCUCGACGCGCGCCGACGAGGUUGCAUCGCCGCGCGAGGCUCGGUCCCGCGACGCCAGUGGCCGGGACGACGAGCGACGCCGCGAUGGGCGCGGAGCAGAGGCCCCUUCGUCGGCCCUGCGCGGUGAGCCACACAAUGGCCAGGCUGCAGGCAAGGAGCCAUCAGCGCGCGACUCUCCGGCCGGCAUCCCGUCCGCUAUGCAAGGCCAGAAGCGGAGCCUCGCAGACCGCUUCGUUGACGCGGGACCCGGACAGACGCCUGAGGCUCAGCGUGCGCCGAGAGACGAAGCCGAGGGGCCUGACUCGAAGCGUGUCAAGAUUCAGCGUGACCGCGCUGCAGGGCGAGGCGGUCGUGACGCCGGACGUGACUCGGAUCGCCACGCGCCGCGCCAAGACGCCCGGGAUGUCAGAGAGGACGCCUCAAGCCAGUCGCAGGGCAUCUCGAUUCGUGGCGGGGGAUCAAGACGCUCAACCGGUGGCGCUGACGCAGCGGAUGCCGGGCGCGAGCCAGCACGGCGAGAGGCGCACAACGACCGAGGGCCGCGGGACGCGCCAGCAGCCGACGACGCGCGAGAGCCGCCACGAGGCCCGCGUGGCAGCGGCUCGGCAGCGGCGUCCGGCAACGAAGCACCACGAGGCCCGCGGGCUGAGCGGUCGGGUCGAGGUGGCGAGGAGCGCGCCGCGGCGCCUGCUGAUGAUGGUGAAGAUCGGCGCCGCAAGGGCGGCCACCGUAGCUAUCCGAGCGGCGGCGAGCGCGACGGACGGCGAUCUCGGAGCGGCAGAGACCGCCGGUAGUCGGCCGCGAGAGAGAAGACCGCAGCUUGGUGAAAGGAGCGGUGCAGACAAUUAAAUUUUGCAGACAGUAUACAAGCACCUCCAUCCGACCAGACAGGCCCUCGCAUGGGC